AUGACCGACGUGGACAGGGAGAUCCCCGGAGAGGAAGCCAUGGCUUCCUCUGGAAGCGCUACCACAAUUCUGAAAAAUGGCUUUCAGCUGUAUCCGCUAGAGAGGGUAGACCACCUCAAGGCUAUGAGCAAAGCUAGCGGACAAGACCUGUAUAAUUUCCAAAAGGGUACCACUACGCUUGGAUUCAUCUUUGACAAGGGUGUCAUACUUGCAGUGGACUCUAGGGCGUCGAUGGGUUCCAUCAUAGCGACGCAGAACAUCAGCAAGGUCAUCGAAAUUAACUCGUAUCUGCUUGGCACUAUGGCUGGAGGAGCUGCAGAUUGUACAUACUGGGAGAGACAUGUCGCUAAACUUUGCAGGCUACACGAACUCCGAACUCAGGAACGGGUUACUGUGGCACACGCAUCUCAAAUGCUUGCUAACAUAUUCUUCUACUUCAGGGGUUACGGACUGUCGGCGGGUACUAUGAUUGCUGGGUGGGACAGAAGCAAGGGACCACAACUGUACUACAUCAGCGAUAAGGGUGAACGCGUAAGCGGAAAGUUGUUCAGCGUUGGUUCUGGGUCGCUGUUUGCCUACGGUGUUAUCGACCAGGGCUACAGGAGCGACAUGUCCCUUGAAGAAGCAGUUGAGUUGGGAACAAGGGCGAUUUAUCAGGCCGCACAUAGAGACGCCUACUCUGGUGGAUUCGCCAAUUUAUAUCAUGUCCACGAAAACGGGUGGACUAAAAUCGUGAACUACAAGGACAUCAACGACCUGCACUACGCUUACUGCGAACAGAAGGACGUACCCGGGGACUCCAUGUGA